AUGAAUGCAGCCUCUUUCUCUUCUAUAUGUUCCAGGUACAUUUUUAUUCUGGCCUCACUGACCCUGGUGCUUGCUUUCCCCACAAGAAUCCAGUUUUCUCCUAAAAAAAUCAGGCGUAAAGUUCUUAUUAGUCAUGAAGUUCUACUUCUUUCAUCUUCCCCAUUGUCUUUAUCCCACUUUGAGCACACGCACACACACCCACCCCCACUGUUUCCUGGUCGUUUGUGGCACUCACGGCCAGAAACGGGAACCAGGGUGCAGCGGUGGGACUUUGUCAGGAGGAUGAUUCAGGGCUCAGGCUUUAGCACCCACCCAGGAAGCCUCUUGCUGGUCCCUACCUAUGUCUUCUUGGCCCUAGUCUUUAUAAGCAUUUGGCUCACAGUGGACGUGUUUGGCAGCCUGGGCUAG